AUGCACUCUAAUGACACCCUAGAGUUUUUCGACGACGCACAUCUCGUCUCACAAUUGUUCUCAGAAGAUAUUAACCUAGUACUUUUCUUCGAUUCCUUUAAUGGAAUAGAUUGUGGUGUUGGUAUUGCUCAAGAUCGGGCUUGGGAGAUAGUGCUUUGGAAUCCUACAACCAGAGAAUCAAAGAGGCUUUUGUUUGUUCCUCGCCUGCCUGAUAUUUGCCCCACGUUUUUCGAUUUCGACUUUGGUAUUGAUCUCAACACCAAUGACUUCAAGAUGGUUAAAAUCAUGUACUUCGAUUCUCUGCGGCAUUACCAAGUUGAGGUAUACAAACUUACUACUGAUUCUUGGAGAGUGAUUGAUGCAUUACCGUUAAUUAAUUCACCGUUUCUGUUUGCGUACAUCAAGCACGUGUACAAACGUUGA